ACCCAUUGAUGUCUGCCAAACAAUUCCGGAUUUGGAUUCUCCAACUUCACACUGUUUUUGAUACUCCGAUCCUUCCGAAUUGGGAACAGUGAAAAGAAAAAGAAAGGGAAGAGGGAAGGAAAGAGAGAAACCUCAGACAGACAGCACAAAAUCAAGGUUGUCGCGUAGUGUGAUAGGUGACACAUUCAUGCCUCGUUCUUCUAACCUUCCGCUUUAUUCCACGUGUGUCUAAUCACUUCCCACUCGCUCCGCGGUCUUCCCUAACGCAGUCUACUCCCCCCCGUUGAGUCGUUGCGCUGUUCUUUUCUGCUCCCAACCACACUGCCAAACCACUCCUCUUUGCUUUCGGUGCUUUCUGGAUAUCUCUCAAGCCCAGCUUGUUAAAGUUCCCAUUAAGCAUUUCAUGGGAUUGCAAAGAGUGGGGAAAAAACCAAUAAAGAUUUCAUCUUUUUCUUGAAAUUCCAAUUUUAUUUGUUGGUGUCAUGGAUGCCUAUGAAAUUGUGAAGGAUUUGGGGUCGGGGAAUUUUGGGGUUGCCAAGCUUGUGAGGGACAAGAGGACCAAAGACCUCUUUGCUGUUAAAUUCAUUGAAAGAGGGCAAAAGAUUGAUGAACACGUGGAAAGGGAAAUCAUGAAUCACAGAUCAUUGAAGCAUCCUAAUAUAGUCAGAUUCAAGGAGGUCUUGCUGACACCGACUCAUCUGGCAAUAGUUAUGGAGUAUGCUGCUGGAGGAGAGCUCUUUGAAAGGAUAUGUAGUGCUGGAAGGUUUAACGAAGAUGAGGCGAGGUUCUUCUUUCAACAACUGAUAUCAGGCGUCUGCUAUUGCCAUUCGAUGCAAAUCUGCCAUAGGGAUCUCAAAUUGGAAAACACAUUACUAGAUGGGAGUAUAGCCCCGCGUGUCAAAAUAUGUGAUUUUGGGUACUCUAAGUCAGAUGUGUUUCAUUCUCAACCUAAAUCAACUGUGGGAACACCCGCUUAUGUUGCUCCCGAGGUCCUAUCAAGGAAAGAAUAUGAUGGGAAGCUUGCAGAUAUCUGGUCUUGUGGUGUCACAUUGUAUGUGAUGUUGGUUGGAGCCUAUCCUUUUGAAGAUCCAAGUGAUCCAAAAAAUUUCAGAAAGACCAUUGUUAAAAUACUCGGUGUCCAAUACUCCAUUCCUGAUAAUAUUCGCAUUUCUGUUGAGUGCCGGCAUCUUCUGUCAAGAAUUUUUGUGGCUAACCCUGAAGAGAGAAUAACCAUUCCUGAAAUAAGAAGGCACCCAUGGUUUCUGAAGAACUUGCCUGUAGAACUGAUGGAUGGAGGGAGCUAUCAGUGCAUGGAUGUAAAUAAUCCUUCCCAAAGCAUGGAGGAAAUAUCGUCGAUAAUUCAGGAGGCAAGAACAGUGGUUCAGUUGCCCAGAACUCGAACGUAUUCUUUUGGUGGGAGCAUGGAACUUGACGAUUUGGAUGAUGCUGAUAUUGAAGAUAUAGAAACAAGUGGUGACUUUGUGUCUGAGUUGUGAUGGGAACCACAACUAUAGACAAAAAAAAACAACAAAUCUUUUAACAGAGGUGUUGUCCCAAGAUUUUCUCAGUGGUUAACUUGCUUGUUGUGUAACAUUUGUGUUUAUAAUGUGAAAAAACAGUUGUCUAUAUGUGAGCAAGUUAUAAUUUUGUCCAUGGUACACCAUAUACUCA